UCCAACAUGGCGGCAGGCCUGAACCUCCAGCCUCAGACCGUCGACGGUCGCCUGAAACUUGACCUGAGUAACCAGGGUCUGACGUCCAUCCCGGAGGAGGUGUUUGAUAUUACUGACCUGGAGUUUCUAGAUGUGUCCAGAAACAAACUAACCAGCAUCCCGGAAGCAAUCGGCCGUCUGCAGAAACUUUACCGUUUGGACGCUUAUAGCAACAUGCUGACAAGUUUGCCACAGGCGAUAGGUUCAUUGCAGAAAUUGACACAUCUGUACGUUUAUCAUAACAAACUUGCCAACUUGCCUCCUGGCAUAGAAAAGCUACAGAAAUUGAUAUUACUGUCCAUUCAUGAUAAUCAGCUGACGGAGGUACCCUCAGGCGUGUGCUCGCUCCCUUACCUUGAGGUGUUAAGUGUCGGUAACAAUAAGCUCUCCACCUUCCCUCCUGGUGUGGAAAAGCUGCAGAAACUGAGAAAACUGUACAUUAAUGGUAAUCAGCUGACGGAGGUACCCUCAGGGGUGUGCUCGCUCCCUAACCUUGAGGAGUUAAGUGUCUAUAACAAUAAGCUCUCCACCUUCCCUCCUGGUGUGGAAAAGCUGCAGAAACUGAGAGAACUGUACAUUUAUGGUAAUCAGCUGAUGGAGGUACCCUCAGGGGUGUGCUCGCUCCCUAACCUUGAGGUGUUAAGUGUCGGUAACAACCCCAUAAGACGUCUCCCCGAUGACGUCACACGACUUGCCAGGCUGAAGACUCUCAGUGUCAACAGCUGUCAGUUUGAUGAGUUCCCCAGACAGGUGCUGCAGCUGAAGACACUGGAGAAACUGUAUGCUGGACAAAGCGUCGGACAGAAGUUUGACAUGGUCCCAGAUGAAGUGGGAAACUUACAACACCUGUGGUUCUUGGCAUUGGAAAACAACCUCCUCAGAACCCUGCCGAGCACCAUGAGUCACCUGCACAACCUACGGGAGGUCCAACUCUGGAACAACAAGUUCGACACGGUACCAGAAGUCCUGUGUGAACUCCCUGCCGUGGAGAAACUGGACAUAAGGAACAACAACAUCACCAGGCUCCCAACCGCCCUUCACCGAGCAGACAAGCUGAAGGACUUGGAUGUUUCCGGAAACCCCCUGAUUUACCCUCCACAGGAUGUGUGUAAACAAGGGACCGGCGCCAUCAUGGCCUUCCUGAAACAGGAGGCUGAGAAAGAUGAGAGAAUUCUCCGUGCUUUCAACCGUCUGUCCGUGAGGGCGAGCCAAACCCAGUGGAAACCUCUCGCCCGGAGCCUUGGGCUCAGCAACAGGGCGAUGGACGCCAUUAAGGCUUCCGCCCCAGACGACGUCCCUGACCAGGUGUACCAGACCCUGGUACAGUGGAGAGAGAAGGAAGGUGAGGCGGCCACACUUUCCGCCCUGGAGCAGCACCUCAGAGACCUGGACUUUCACCAGCUGGCGGACCAGCUUUUACCGACACACAGGACCCCAGACCGUAGAGGCCAAGAAACUGGAGCCGUCGGUUCAGUUGGUGGCCAAGAGAAAGAUGGGCCGCAGAACAGCGCGAGGAAAUACCCCAGCGUGACGGUUGACCAGAAGUUUCCCAUCAUCCUUUUUGAACGACUGGAGGAACAGUCCAUUCUCGGACGUGGGGGGUUCGCUUACGUAAUGAAAGCCCGACAUCUGGACUGGAAGCAGGACGUGGCUGUCAAGUAUCUGCUGACGCGUCAGAUAGAAGGAAGUGAGCAAGACGUGCUGUACUCCGAGGCGAGGAAACUGAACCUGGGAAGCCGAUCAGACCACGUCAUCAGUCUGCUGGGGGUCUGUCUGGACCCAAACUUCGCCAUCGUGAUGCCCUACAUGGAGAACGGCUCUCUGGCCGGGCUGCUGCGGGAUGUGGACGUGCCCUGGGCCCUGAGGUGGAGAAUGGCGCACGAGAUCUCCCUGGGGAUGACUUUCCUGCACUGCCAGAACCCACAGAUUCUCCACUGUGAUCUGAAGGCAGAGAACGUGCUACUGGAUGGCGACUUCCAUGUGAAGAUUUCAGACUUUGGUCUGUCCAAGUGGAAAGCCGAAUCUCGUGUUGUCACCAAAACCAGUCCGGAAGGUAGCACAAUCACGCAUGCGCCGCCAGAGUACUUCUUGGACAUCAACCUUGUUCCAACUGAGAAGUUUGACGUCUACAGUUUUGAAGUGCUGCUAUGGGAAAUAGUAACAAGAACGGGGCCAUAUGGGAAUGCUGUGAACUCUGCCCUCAUCAGGCUUGCCGUGACGUCAGGACAGCGACCUGACCUGACCCUGAUCCCCACAGACCGAGAGGACGUGACGUCAGUCAGUCAGCUGAUGCAGACAUGUUGGAGUCAGAACCCGGAGGACAGGCCCACAUUCAACGGUGAGAAGGAUAGCUUUAUGUUAUAUAUACGAUAA